UUGCGGGAAUGGCCCGGAAUCCACCUAAUGAAGCUCCUCGUUCUGGGAUAGCUUGGCCUGUCUCAGUCGUGCUCGGUAUAUCCCGCAUGUCUCUCCCUCGAUCGAUCGCGCACAUUCCACGCCCAACCAGGGAGAGAGAGGACAAUGGACGCUCCGGACCCAGAUUACGACUGCCGUGUUGUCUGUCGUCUCUUGCAUGCGUGCUUUCCCAGAUAGCUCACUCAAUAUUAACACACCCGUCGAUUCCCGUCUGAACGCUGCCCAUCACCAUGACCACCAUGGGCAAGCGUAGCUAUCUUAUGCUGUUGACGCUAUACCUCGGAGUCCUGUACUUCGUGACAAUACACGGCCGCCUCGCGCUGUUUGCGCCAUCUAGCCACCCGCGUCCUGUACAUACCUACGGCGCCGGAUCAUGGCCCAACACUCCAGCUGUCGACGUCGACGAGCAAUGGCACGUCGCCACCGCCUCCUGCAGACCACCCCUUGGUUGCAAACCCCCGCGGGAGCCAGACCGAGAGCCCUACCUACCUAGGUAGUCAGCCCUCGCCAGGCGAA